AUGGCGCCAAGUGUUCUAUCCUCUGUAACUGCAUUUCGCGUUCUCACCGUAGUCCUUCUCUUGCUACCUUCUAUCUCCGCCGGUCACGACUACCACGAUGCUCUCCAUAAGAGCAUUCUCUUCUUCGAAGGACAACGCUCUGGAAAACUCCCCGCUGAUCAGAGACUCCGUUGGCGCCGUGAGUCCGGAAUGCACGACGGAGCAACUGCCGGAGUAGACUUGACCGGUGGUUAUUAUGAUGCUGGCGACAAUAUAAAGUUCGAAUUUCCAAUGGCGUUCACCACGACGAUGCUAUCAUGGAGCGUAAUCGAUUUCGAGAAAGUAAUGGGACCUGAGCUUGGGAACGCGUUGAAGUCAGUUCGAUGGGGAACGGGUUAUCUCUUAAAGGCGACGUCGAAGAUAGGCUCCGGCGUGGUGUUUGUUCAGGUCGGCGAUCCUUUAUCGGACCAUAACUGCUGGGAGAGACCGGAGGACAUGGAUACUCUCCGCACAGUUUUCAAGAUCGACGGGUCUCACCCAGGCUCUGACGUGGCAGGUGAAACCGCCGCUGCACUCGCUGCUGCUUCCAUCGUCUUCAAAUCACGUGAAUCCCCACAAGAUGCAAGGUUUGUUUUGAACCUCUUGCGUUUAAUGAACACAAUCCAUCAUGAAAAUCUUGCCUUUAACCUCUCUGUUACUUCGUAUAAUAAACUUCUUAUGCUUUUGUCGCAUUUUGGUUUGGUUGAUGAGUUGAAUUGUUUGUUUAAGGAAAUGUUGGAUGAUGGGGUUUUGCCUAAUUUGAUUACUUUUAAUACUAUGCCGAAUUUUCAUUGUAAGCUGGGGAAUAUGGUUGUGGGAAAGGUUUAUUUUUGUGGAUUAAUAAAGAGUGGUUUUUGUUGUGAUACCUUUACUUAUACUUCGUUGAUAUUGGGUUAUUGUAAAAAAUCAUGA